AUGGCACGGUUGUCAUGUGAUCCGACCUCGUAUAACCCUACAAUGCCCUUCCAGGGGCACUCACACUUUCGCGUCCUUGCUCCUGCUAUGGCUCGAACACUUGGAUCGACACUGUCUUCAGGUCUUCAAUGGUCUUCAGAGUUCACUUGGAAGAAAUCAUUGUAUUUAAGAGCAAGAGAACUUAAGAACAUUGUUUUCUUGUGUGGAACAUGUCAUAAAUCUAAGAGUAUCUCAACUUAUUUGCAACUGAAACAGCUUCUGAAAGCAGUUACAUUGCUGGCUCAUGGAUGUUUACAAAUUCUUGGAGGAAUUGAUUAA